AUGCAGGAGACGCAGACGCAGCCCGUGUGGCUGCAGCUGGAGGCAGUAGGUCCUCCCCCUUCUCUGGACCCCGAUCCCGAUCCCGAUCCCGAUCCCCGGCUAGAUAUACCCCACACUGCGCCUGUUGAGCAGCAGAGCGUUGUAGGCAGAAUGCAGGAGACGCAGACGCAGCCCGUGUGGCUGCAGCUGGAGGCAGUAGGUCCUCCCCCUUCUCUCGACCCCGAUCCCGAUCCCGAUCCCGAUCCCCGGCUAGAUAUACCCCACACUGCUCCUGUUGAGCAGCAGAGCGUUGUUGGUGGUGACCCUAGUGUGUUUUCUUCUCUGUCUCCUCUGUCUCCUCUCCCCUCUAUACACCCCAGAACUAAACAAAGAUCGAGAGGCAAAUGGAGUUUCUUUUUAUCUCUUUUACUUAUACUGACGGCUGUGGGGGUAGCAAACAACCGCCUCUCAGCAGACAGAACUCAGGUGUCUGUGCAUACACCCGAGAAAUCUCCUCUAGACCUCACCCAGCAGCAGCAACAACAGCAGCAGCAGCAGCAGCAGCAGCAGCAGCAGCAGUCUGUUGCAGCUAGAGACGAAGACAAAGAAGAGAAGAAACCCAAACAACCGCCUCUCAGCAGACAGAACUCAGGUGUCUGUGCAUACACCCGAGAAAUCUCCUCUAGACCUCUCCCAGCAGCAGCAGCAACAGCAGCAGCAGCAGCAGGAGCAGCAGCAGUCUGUUGCAGCUAG